AUGUCGAAUGCUUCAUUCCUGCGAGAGUACAAGAUUGUCAUUGUCGGUGGAGGCGGUGUUGGCAAGUCGGCUCUUACCAUUCAGUUUAUUCAAUCGCACUUUGUGGACGAGUAUGACCCCACUAUCGAAGACUCGUAUCGCAAGCAAUGCGUGAUUGAUGAUGAAACGGCUCUUUUGGAUGUCUUGGAUACGGCUGGUCAAGAGGAAUACAGUGCCAUGCGUGAGCAAUACAUGCGAAAUGGUGAAGGCUUUAUCCUUGUCUACUCUAUCACAUCCCGUUUAUCUUUUGAAGAAAUCAGUACCUUCUUUGAACAAAUUCGACGUGUAAAGGACCGCGACUCUUUCCCCAUGGUGCUUGUCGGCAACAAGUGUGAUCUCGAAUCCGAACGACAGGUGUCAAGUCAAGAGGGCCGUGAUCUUGCAAAGACAUUUGGAUGCCCGUUUAGUGAAACGUCAGCCAAACAACGUAUCGGCGUGGAUGAAUCAUUCUAUGAUGUGGUACGCGAAAUCCGCCGGAUGAACAAGGAUCAAGAAGCACGCGUCAAAGGAGGUGCUGGUUAUCGGGACAAUUUCGAGAUGGAAGAGGGCCAUGGUAGUGGCGGCUGUUGUGGAUGUACACUCAUGUGA